AUGUCCUCGACCAAGACGUCAACGUCAAGGAUCGGUGAAGAGACAUGGAAAACAAAAGUCGACAAAGUCAACGCGGAGCUCGUGACACUGACAUACGGCACUAUCGUCGCGCAACUCUGCAACGACUACGACAGCGACUACGUGGAAGUAAACAAGCAGCUAGAUAAGAUGGGAUAUAACAUCGGCAUGCGGCUAAUCGAAGACUUCCUGGCCAAAUCGGACACGGGGCCGCUGUGCGAAUUUCAGAGAGACUGCGGAUAUGAUCUCGAAGCUAAAUCCAUUAUAACUGCGCUACUACAGGUCGGAUUCAAGAUAUUCCUCAACAUCACGCCGACGAUCACGAACUGGACGAGCGAUAAUAAAUCCUUCUCGCUCAUAUUUGAAGAGAACCCGCUAGCAGACUUUGUAGAGCUGCCGGAUGACGGACGGGCCCAGGAUGAGCUGUGGUUUUCAAAUAUCCUAUGCGGGGUGCUGCGGGGGGCCCUUGAGAUGGUCCAAAUGCAAGUUGAGGCUCAUUUUGUGAGCGAUGUGCUGCGAGGGAACGAUGCGACGGAAAUGCGGGUGUCUUUAGUGCGGUACCUUGAGGAUGAGUUACCACCAGAUGAUGAGUGA